AUGUCGGGUCUAAAAGCAAGUGACACCAUGCCGAAGAUAGGGCAUGUGACGGAUUUACGGGAGCAGUGGCUAGUCCGCACCGACGGGGCUCUGGCACAUCACCUCCAGGACAGAGAAAUUUCCUCGCAUCUGUGCGAAAAUAGGUACCGUAAUCAACAAAUCAGAGAGGAUUUCCCUGUUGCACUUAAUGAACAGAGGGAUAUAGAGCAUGAGGUGCGGCUCCGCGAGCUUGCACGACGUCGACAGGCGGAGAUAGACCAGGAAAUAGCGCGGGAAAUGGCAGAGAUAAACCUUCGUAAACAACACCGUUCAUUAAACUAUGACCCACAUCCACCAAACCCCCAACCAUGCUCAUCUAAAGCGCCUGCGCCUCCACCGCCGGACAUUGACCCGGAGGAAUUAGGUCUGUCGCCAACAGAAAUUGAGGAAAUGCGACGACGACUUGAACAGGAAGAGAGAGAUGCAAAGCUAGCUAGACAACUCAGCCAGCAAAGUCAAGGUGAAGAUGCAUUGCUCUCUGACAUGAAAUGUGCAGUUGAGGCCCAGGACGGAGAGCUAGCCAGAUUGCUGCAGGAACGAGAAUAUAAGAAACUUCAGAGGGCAAAAGAAAAGGCUAGGCAGAAGGCACUCUUGAAAAAGCAGCAACGAUUAGCUCAGCAGCAGUUACUUUCUUCUGAACCUCCUCGAACAACUCUAUGUGACGCUUAUAGUAAUCCAAGAGAUCUGAUAAGAGACAACGGGUUAAGGCUCUGCAAGUCUGUUGACUCGGACCUUAAUUAUGUGGAACCAUUUGAAAAAGAACACAUACAAUCUAAGGAGAGUGCACUGCUAUCCAAAGAAAUAUCAAAGCAAUAUUACAACCAAGAAGCUGGUACUUCGAGCCAAAACUUAAACAUAUUUCAUAAGCAUUCAAAGUCUUUUGACUCCGAGCAACCCAGCAGCUCUAAUUCUAAUAAAACUUCACUUCAACACAGACAUCCUCCACCUCCACCGGCGUCCGGGAAGAAGCCCAGGUUUCCCGUCCCCACUAGCAUAAGGCCAGCUUCUCACUACCCAACAGACAACGUACUGUCAGGUACAGACCACCACAACUCAUCAAUGCCUCACAGCCUCAGUGAAAACAACAGCAUGUACAGCUCUACGUACUCUCCAGAUACUCCUCAACAAUGCUAUGAAAGACCUGAUCCGUCAAAAAGAUUAUCAGUCAUAUCGGAUAUAACAGCAGAAGACUUAGCAAGGAAGAAGAUCAAACAAUCUGAUAUGCAGAAAAAAAGGCGUGGAUGCAAGAUUCAGUAA